AUGUCGCCACCAAGCAGAAGUCUACAUACCAACCUGGCAGCGGUAAUAAGUAACGCUCAUGAUUUAACCAGCAUUUUCUUUUACUCACCAUCAGUGGAAAAAUGUCGUCUAGAGGAGACUCUCUCAGCGGCUAGUUUAGAGCUGCCUUUGGUGAUAUGGCGCUCGAAAGGGACUAUUAUGUUAAAUAAAAUCCUUGACGAAGGAUUAUUGGUGCUUGCCUGCUUCCCAGGACUACAGUGGAGGGAUGCUUUGAGUAACCUCUCCCUGAGCUUGCGAUAUCUUAGGCAGGCAAGAGUAUUAAUUGAACUAGAUGUUGGAACAAGGGACCUUUUGGCUCAUCAUAUACUUGAAUUUUGCCAAAGCCUGGAUAUGAUUAAUACCAUAGUCAUUUUUGAUGAUUUUAUGGAGACCCAUACACUAUUCCGCUUUGAGUCAUUUCCAGAGUUCGAAAUGCUAACCAUCUCCUAUACGAAUGACACUCAAGCUUCAAGUCUUUACCCAGAUAAGAUGUUGGACCUCCGUGGCUUCAAGAUCCGCACUAUGCCAGACUACUCCGAGCCGAAUACCAUCUUGUACAAGGAUAAAGAGGGGAAAAAACAGAUCCUAGGAUAUUUGUGGGACAUAUUGGAGGCAUAUGCCCGAAAAUAUAAUGCUCAACUGCAAGUCGUCAAUAAGGGUGUCCAUGAAAGGACGCUUAACUUAAAGGAGGCUUUCGACUUUGCUCGAAGAGGUAUGAUAGACAUCGGUGCCAGCAUCCAACCAAUGGCGAUGGUUCAAAAGGACCGCUAUCGCGAGCUUUCCUAUCCGGUGGACUUGUCCAGCUGGUGCACCAUGCUGCCCAUGGAAAGGGAUCUCGAGGUUUCCGAAUUGCUUGCGAGGGUAUUACCUCUACCAUCACUUUUCCUACUGACGGUUCUGUGGAUUUGCUACGAGGUCCUCCGAGGACGCUGGCGCCAUCACAAGCGACUUCAGACUAUUGGGUGGCUUCUAAUGAUCACCGUGCUUAGCUCAAAUUACUUGGGAAAACUACUCAGCCUCUUGGCAGAACCCCCAGCUAAAACUCCUAUAGAAAACCUGGCAGCUAUGAUUGAUUCCUCGAUUCGCAUAUACUCUGUAAGAGCCGAAUACAAUUAUCUGGAUUUUACCAAGCGAACAAAAUACUCUGCUGCAUUCCGACUCACGACCACUACAAAGGAUUUGAUAGAAAUGCGCAACUCGCUGAACACGUCCUUUGCAUAUUCUGUAACACGCGCCAAGUGGAAGCUAUACGAAGAGCAGCAGAAACGCAGUUCGAGGCCACUUUUCCGGUACUCAACUUCACCGGAUCUCUGUUUCUAUGAAAUGUUUCCCUUCGGUCUGAUCAUUCCGGAAAACUCUGUCCACCGAGCUCCCCUGCAUCACACCACCCUGCAGUUGUGGCAAUCUGGACUAUAUAAUCUGUGGCUAUCACGGAGCUUCUUUUAUAUGCUAAAGGCGGGAAAGAUAAGCUCCGCCAACUUGAGGGGGCUUUAUCAGGCCAAAACCUUAGGUUUUAAGGAUUUGCGGAAAAUAUUUGUGAUGUAUGGUGCAGGAAUGCUGGGUAGCCUGGCUUUAUUUAUCAGUGAAGUGAUUGUCUGCUGUGUAAAGCACUGGCUCGGAUUUUAUUAG